GUCAAUGGGUGAUCAAGAAGGCCUAUGGCCUAGGUUGGAGACCUCCAUUGCACUACGGAGGGGCUCCCGCCUAAGGUCGGCCCAAGUGGUCGAGCCUACGUCAUAAUUUGUGGCAGUGGGGGCCUGCGUUCGCGCGGCCCCUGUACAAUUCUAUCAGUUCAAUCUUUUGUUUUUCGGCAAUCUCCGCCGGAUCUUUUAUGUCUUCUGGCGAUCUGUAAUCGUCCGUUAAGGAUGUGAAAAAUUUCUAUUGAACAUCUUACGUGUUUUGGUUGAUUAUUCAUUGUUAGCGUUUUGAUAUGUUCCCUCAAAUUGUUCAAGUUUUUGUUUGGCAGAUUUUUCUUUGUGGUAUUCCGUCGAGUUCAAAUAUGCAUCUCGAAUUAAUAAUGGAUUGUAGAAAUUGGGGAUGUGACGCGCCUUUCACAAUUGGAUCUGGUAGGUUUCUUGAACCUGUUAAAUUACUAAUGCUAUGUUGUUACAGUUUCAUAGGUAGUAAAAACUAUACGAGUAACGUUGUUUGUUCGUUUAUUAAUGUUAUGCCAAUUCGCAGAAACUGAAGACGAUUGAUGCAGUGAUAAUGAUCUUUGUGGAAACCUUUGCAAGCCAUGGAAAGGAGAAUUCAUCAUGGAAAACCUGCAGAUGUCGGAAGGAUUUUUGUUCUAGUUCCUCUAAGCUGCUCAGGAAAUCAGCUUCGACAUAUGGACUUAGCUAACAAACAAUUCUGCAGACCACUUGGCAUUUCAAAUACGAUUGAUCACCCAAACAGAUGAUGUGAUAUUUCUCUGUAGCAUCUGGAAAUUAACAGUUCCGUUGUCAUCAAUCAUAAUGAAGCAACCUUUCAAAUUCAUGUAAAGAUCUUGUAGCUUUUUCAGAGGGGUCGGAUCCUUGGAUUGUGCUGGAGGACCAGAACGAGACAACUCCUGUAUUAAAUGCCUAAAACAUGUACCGGGCAUGCCUAUUUCCUCUUUGUCUCCCAAGUAAUACGGUGCUGAAAGUUAUUUAUGGUCAUCCUUGGGGUGUGAAGAAUGCAACGAUUUUAUGAUUCUUACAAGAGAGUACUUGAUUUGAUCCAACAUAUAGCAAAUUUAGAGUUUGGAACCUAUAACUUGUUUAAAUCCUAUGCUCCAAUGGUUGAAUUUGAUGGGGCACUUUUUUGUUUUGCAGAAUUUACAUGCCAUGACUUCAGAAUUAUUAAGUCAUUGCCUACUUGUGUAUGUAUAUUUACUUGUAUUGCGUAGAGCAUGGAAAUGAUCUGACAAGGUUGUGGAUACACUUGCAUGGUUACAUGUAUGUUGGUUCGCUUCUAGUAACAAUCCACAAGAUGUGUCAUGAGAGCCCUAAGGAUAAAAACACUUUACCUUGGAUUUGGUGUUGCUAUUGGUGGCUAUUGAUGAUACAAGGCCAAUUUGUUGUCAUUGUAUUAGCAUCCUCAACAGCUCCGAAGCAAACCAUAAACAGUGCUUAUAUUUAAAUUUGUAGUAUUGGGAAGUUAUUUGAAGAACGAAAUUGGUUCAUGUUAAUAAGUUGCUACAUUCACAUGCAUCUGGUGGAUUGUUUUGGCCAGUCCUUCAUGAUUCUGUGAACGUAAUUGUCUCUCUUGUCCUGAUGCAUGCCUUAGCAAUAAGAAUAGUUGCGAUAACAAGCUUUCUUGAGCAACCACUUCCUCCUCCAGUUCUCACACUUCUUUGAACAUACAUCAGCAAUAUAAGCAAUUUUCAUCCGUUUGUCCAGCCUAUUCUGCUGAGAUAUGCAACUUCAUCAGAAGUACUGAUGUACCAAACUUUGAAUAUAAUGGCUUGAAUGGAAGAAAAGAACUUCCUCUCAUUACAGCAAAGGUUGGUAGUCCAUAAAGUAUAAGAACAAUCACAAGUAUGUUUCUUCAUAUAAAUAGAUUAUAGAUGUAUAUCCCAGCGAGGAUAAAUGAAUAUGCAAUAAUUGGUUGAAUAGAUUUCCAUAAAUAACCUAUGAGGCUCCUUCUGAAAAAAUGCACGAGAAGAUUGAGUAGAGGCUUUGUCUCCACCCCUUGCAAAGGCAGGGAAUCAUGGUGCAUCAGGGUGGCUCUGUUUUGCAUAUACCUGCAUAGAAAUAGGGUACUGUUAUCUGUAAAGCUAAACCAACAGUAUUCCUUAUCUACUUUGUGGGUGUGGCUAACUCUUCAUGAGGUCAUUACAUGAUGUUCUAAGGUAAAGGGACACCAUUUAUGUUCCAACACCUUUUGACACAAAAAUUAAAAUUUUGUACCUAGUAUUAGCAUAGGCCUUAUUGGGUGGGAUAUACUAGGCUCGUUUGGUUUGGUUUGGUUUGGUUUGGUUUACUAGCAUAGGCCUAAUGCCGACACAUUACAUGCAUAUCUCCUCUGUUGAUCUUUACCAAUUUAAAACAAACUGUCAUCAGUAACCUGUCAUCUGGACUUCUAACUGCUGCUUACCAACUACUUCAAUCAAAUGUAAUGUAUCCUUAUGAACCCAAUGAAGUUUGAGAUCUUCCUCAACACUGUUGUGACAAUUUCACUUCUUUUUCUGCAGUACUGUUGCACAUGUCAAAAGCAGAAUGAAGCUAGUGAAGCCAUCUAUAUAUCUCUACAAAGCCAAAUAAAAGUAAAGACAUAUAAUUGAAGACUUGAGAAACCCCAAACUCCUUGUGGUUUUGUAACCAAAAGGUUCCCCCAGAUCAAAGGAUAUAUAUUUGUCAAGCUUCUAAGCAAUCGAGAUUUAGCCAUCAGAAAAGAAAAAAAGGUACCUUUAUGUAUUCUUGUCUCUAGACUUCAAUAAGAAAGACAGUUCCACUGUCUCCCGUUUUGGAGGAACUGGUGCAUCUUAACAGGAUACAGCUCUAGUGCCAAUCAAGUAUCAUACAAAUCUAAGUGCUUGAGAAUCACUCUAAUUGGAAAUCUAGGGAGGUAGAUCGUGUGAAUUCUUGUAAGAUAAAUUAGAAAUGAACAUAUUGCUUCUGGUGCGUAUGCUAUUCAGCCGCCUCUCCUUUUCAAACAGGUCCACACAUUUAUGCUGCAUGACAUUGAGCGUGAUGAUAUUUCAAAAGCACAGUUCAGGUUUGACUUCAAACUCCAUUAUGGACUCUUUACUUAACAAGAAUCAGUAUUCUCAAAUAGUAGGUUUAUUUAGCACACACGUAGACAUAACCAACGUUAUCCAGUACUGAUUUGUUCUUGAUCAACGCAUUAACUUGCUUCUAGUUAAUUGAACUUAGAUGCAAUUCAGUAGUAUCUGGGCAUAAUGUGCAACUUCCAUUCUGAACAUGAAAAGCAUCUGCCGUACAUUAGGAAGUGCGAUAGGAUGUUUGUUGUUUUGUUCGAUAUCCAAAACGUGUCAUUUGAACGGCUGAUUGUUUUCAUCUUAAUAACCAAAACUGAGAAGUUAUGUUGGCCCUAUCAGGUACUACUUAUAAUAUAUUAUAAGCAUGUAUGUGAACAAUGUAAUUACUGUAAUAUAUGACACUUUGUUCAAGUUUGUACCGAUAGUUUAAGCCUUGGAUAUAUUGGUCAUUGGGGGUUAAUAUCAAAGAGAGAAAAAAACAACACAAAAAGACAGAUAGAGGGAGAUUCUGAUUUGCUGCAAAUUGGGACAUCUUGUCUCUUUCUUUAGUCUCCCUGAAACCUGUUAACUUUCUAGUUUUAUUGUCUCUAAAUUCUAAUGCUGGACAGGUUUGUGGUUAUAUCCCGAUAUCAUCUCAACCAUUGUCACCUUCCCAUAUCAACUGCUAGCAAAUUUUCGGCAAGCGUAGGGUUCCGUUUGGCAACUUUAUAUUUGUACGUUAUUAAGGAGUAGCCUGAACAUGAAACAGUGUUUGAUAAACGUUUAUGUUCUCAAAAAGCAAAAUCAGCUUAAGGUUUUGUAAAUGAUGGUUAUAAUUUGUAAACUUGAUCAUUUUAUGUUCAUGGUUUACAAAGAAAAACGAUAACUUCUUAAACUUUAUAACGGGUUUGAAGUUAUAAUCUACCAAAACACAAUAAAACUACGUCUAUUUGUUGGUAUUCUGUAUCUUCUCAUACUAAUUUCAUUAGCAACUUAUCAUUUGAUUUCACAGACAAUUUAUCACUAAUUUCAUAACCAUUUUGUAAUUUUUCAUCACCAGUUUAUUUUCAUUUUCAAUGCCAGUUAUAUUUUUCAUCAAUCAUCACCCAAUUUAUUACUUAUUACCAACUUAUCAUAAGAGGGAAUAGCCUCCUCAAUCCUCAUAUUGAAUCCAUUGGCCAUCUCACUUCCUUAUGCUCUCAAAUACAACAGACAUGAUCCCAUUAUAUUAAUCCAAAUAUAAAUGCUUUUGCAGGUACUAAAUUAAUCAAAUUUAUUGAUGAUGGGUCAUAAUUACUUUCUAGUUCAUGGAUUGUAUAACUUGAUCAUUUUUAUUACCCAAAUUAAGAUCUAACUAUAGUAAAUGCCUUUGACUUGCUUUUGCAUGGUGGGGGCUUCGGCAACAUCGGAAAUUUUAAUCCUCAUCAACAAUGACAAAAGCAAAAUGAUCAGAGACUUCACUAUCAUGGGUUAGUCUACCAAUGUGUACCUUUUCUAUAAGUUUAUUUGUUUAAGGAGGAUAUAUUGGUGUCAAGCUUUUGGAUCCUGUGGGCUGUGAAGACGUUAAUCUACACACAUUAUCAUAUUACUUGAUUUUUGGCAUUUUAAUAAACUAAUUAUUUUCAUUAACCGUUAAUUAAUAACUUUACUAGUUUACUUUUAUCGUCGUUACUACUUGUUGAUAUUAUUAUUUUUGUUAACUGCUUGCGCCAUGCCCUCUUCAUGGAAACAACAUUUUUAUCUUUUGGGAUAGUGGGCAUGUCCAUAUAAUUAUUUUCAUUGCUUGUGCAAUUCCUUUUUCAUGAAAACAACUGUUCUAUUAUUUGGGGUAGAUUGGGGUAGACCUAUAUGGAAUGAUACGGUGGCACGAGCCAUUGCUUCAUGGUUUCCUCGGAAAUUAAAAAAAUUACGUUUCUGAAGGAUGCCACCGUAUUGUUUUGUUGGGUGUCACCAUAUAGUUUUUGAAACUAAAAUGUUAGCAUAAGAUUUUAAUGGCUUAGAUAGUAAAUGCUCUCGCCUUUGUACAAAAAGCCCAGGUUCAAGUCCUACGGUUGUCUAAGUUGUUGCUUUUUGGCUUAAAUUUUGUUUUUUAUAUACCUCUUUGUGUUUUUAAAUAUAUAUGUAGACUGGAAUCCAAAAUGGGUCUUUUCUAUGUAAGGACAAGGAACCAACCAACAUAUCUAUAUCGAUAUUGUGGAAAAAGAAUUAGAUAAUUUUUUAUAGUCAAAUUAUACCAUCACUUGAAAAAAAAAAAUUGAGUCUGUCUCUAGAGACAGAGAACAUGUUUGUAUAUAUCUCACCCUUCCUAAGCCUGUUUUUAAUUGAGAUAUACUGAGUUUGUUUUGUUUAGUUUGAGUUUUGUUUAAUUCGAGUGAUAUAUGCAAAGUUCCAAAUGCCAAUCAUCUUUGCAUAUAUUUGACCUGGUCAAAUAAAAGUUAUAUAGCAGUCUUCUUAUAGUACUGUACUUAUUUCCGUAGCACAUUAGCAUAUCUUCGCUAGACAUUAGACAAACAUAUUCCAACAAAUGCUGACGAUCCUUACAAUACUUCUGCUUAUAAAUUAUAAUGGCAGCAUGUCUCCAACUCUUAUUUCUACUCAACUCUUUAUAUAUAUAUACAUACAUAUUAGACAGAACUUUAUUACAUAGCAAAAACAAGAAAACCAGAUUCUAAUAAUGAAAAUGUCGAGGAAGAGGAAGGAUGUUGCCGGAGAAGAGACAGGAAACAGUGGUAACGGUGAAACGGGCUGGGAUCAGGUGAUGAAUGGACCCACAGAUGGUGGGGCCUUUGUUGGUGGAGCUAUACGGGCUCGAAAAAGGUUCGUUGGGGUCCGCCAACGGCCCUCUGGAAGAUGGGUGGCCGAGAUAAAGGACACCAUACAGCAGAUAAGAGUAUGGUUAGGCACAUUUGAUACUGCUGAGGAAGCUGCUAGAGCUUAUGAUGAGGCCGCCUGUUUACUUCGUGGAGCCAAUACACGCACCAACUUUUGGCCGUGUAAUCCGUCCAACAAAUCUUCUGCUCUUUCAUCCAAGAUCACCAAUCUUCUCCUCCAAAGACUUAAAGCAAGAAAUGGUGCCAAUGUCUCCAAUGGUGCCUAUGGUGCAUCAAUGGCAAUAACACAUUCUUUCCCACAUCAUCAACAGUUUCAAGGGUCAACCCAAGUUCAAGAUUCUGAUUUUCACAAAUUUUUCCACGUUUCUGAUGCUAAUAGUGAUAAUACCACCAACUAUACUAGUGCUACUACUUAUACUAGUGAUUUUUGUAGUCCAAAUGUGAUUGAAAGGGAAGGUUUUGACUCAAAAGAUGGUUUUUUAGGUGAGAAUUUUAGAGGCGUUGAUCAUAGUUUAGUUGGAGAUGAGCCCAAAUUGGAGGGAAAUGAAGAGACUGACCUGGGGAUGCCAGAUUUACUAUUUGUUGACGAUAUUGGAUCGUCUAUGAACUAUUCUCCAUUCGAGAUUGCAGAAGAGAUAACAAAGCCAUUGGGAGAGGAAAACUACAAUGAGGAUUCAUCCAUGCUUACUGAAGCCAUGAAGAGAAUGAAGUUUGAGCGCAAUAUCUCCGCCUCUCUUUAUGCUUUCAACGGGAUAUCUGAAUGCCUGAGGAUGACAUUUGGAUCAGGAAACGAUUCGGAAAACAGAAAGCCUGAACAAUUAUCAAAUCUUGGUGCCAAAAAUGGCGAGAUUUGGGGGGAAACCGACGGAGAAAAUGGUUUAGCAAAUAAACCAUCCGAGAGCAAACAUAUUUUAACGAGUGUAGAAUCGUUUUCCUCUUCAAGUAGCAAGGAAGGUGAUGAAUCUUUCCUUUGGAGUUCUCUUGAUCUUCCCUCUCUAGACAUGUUCUUUAGUGGAUCAAAUUAGGAUCUUUCAGUUAAAUGAUCUUCUGACAGGUUAUUUUUAAAUCCAUGACAUUCUGACAGGUUUUGAAUGGAUGAUCAUGUCUAAAAACCUGUUACAAUAAGGUCAUGGAUUUAAAAGAACAUUUAUAAGGAGUCAUUCAGUUUAAUAACCUAUCAGAUUAAAAGAUCUAGAGUUAGUAUUGGCUUAAAGCUUCUAGCACCCUUUGAUAGGCUAAUAUUGAUAUAACUCAGCAACAAUACAACAGUGGUGUAAUGGUAUUCUUUAUUUCUUGACUUGAUAACAAUUAAUCUUCUUAAAAUAAAAUUUUGAUUUAUUUAGUAGUCAUCUUGUAACCUUAUUUAGCAUAUUUAAUAGAAACUACACCUGUUUGGCAUCUACCAUCAUGGUCAAGGAUUAUCCUCCCCAUAGUUGUUAAAAGCGGUUAUGAGGCGUGCCUAGGCUCAAGAUAUUGGGUUUUUUAAAGUCGGGGCUAUGUGUGUGUACGAGGCUUACUAAGGCGCUGAGCCUUGUGGGUCUGGGUGUGCCUUAUAAAAAGUUAUUAAAUACCUAGUCAAAAUCCUAAUAUGAAAUAAGUUGGGUGUAACUAUGUGUGUGUGUGUAUUGAUGAGAUGCGCCUUGCAUUCCUGAGGCCUGCAUCUCACGCCUAGGCCCCAGGACCCCUUUGUGUCUAGCGCAUCUUGAGCCUUUAACAACGUUGAUCCUGUCGGUUGAUUCAAUCCUGUCCUUUGUUUUCUGCACAUGAAAUUGCAAUCAUUGUUUUUCUUUUGGAUAUAACUAGGAAACUACACCAUGUGAAUAAAAGUUUUGUCGUCCAUUUAUUGAUACAUCUCUAAUAAUAUACAAAUACAAGUUUUGAACUCAUGAUUUUCAGGUUAUUUUGAGUAACUUUUUACCGGGGCAUGUGAAUCCUGCUAUCUUCAUCUUAAAUUGCCUUCGAUUUACCCAUUUGAACCAUCACCAGCUCAACAAGAAUAGCAAUGUUCAAAAAAUUGUCUUAUUGGGCUUUUUGCAGUUCAUGCUUCAUAGGUCAUGCUGCCUUUAGGACGGGCUUCCGUAUUCAAAAUUGGGCUUUUAGAGUUUGAUUUCGAAAUGUCAAUCCAGUCCUUCUGGCCCAAAAUUGUCCAUUCUCUAAAGGCUUAUUUGUUAGUAGUUUACUAUUGUAAUAGGAUCAAGAAUUAAUUUGGUCAGCUAA